AUGCAGGUGGUGAAGAACUGGGACCUGCACAGCUACUCUCUCCUCGAAGUGGCCCCCUGGAUGAACGCUUCACCGGCCUUGCAAGAAAGGUUCGCCAACACACUGGACAUCUUUCAACUGUGCGACCCUACAGGUAAAGUUAUGGGCCACUACGACCGAGGGGUAUCGGCACUAUUGAGGACUACACUGAAGCUUGGGGACAACAACACAGUGCCGUGUGGGCUGAUACUUAUGUAUGAGACCCAAGAGCAUGCUACCAAUGAGUUCUCGAGGCUCCAGAUGAGGUCUAUGACCGAAAGUUACGCAGAUGAGUGGCUGAAUGAACUACAGCCGACUGAGGAAGGAGGGGAGCCUCAGCCUGGGGUUAUACUAACAGUUCACCACUACGACCCACAAGUGACCCAUCCGUCACAGUUGGUCUGUGUAGUGAGGGCCCUACAUGUGAAGUACUUCUGGCCACGAGAAGCGGGAGAUGGACAGGUCAUCCAGCUAUCACCGGGUCAAACCUUGGGGACGGCAGAUGAUUACAAUAUAGUCACGGACCUGCAGACCUGGGAGACCGGCGAGAAGUCUAACGAGGCGCCGCAAAAGGCGAGAGAGGACGAUGACCCUGAGGACUUCUUUCGAGUGCUCCCGUGGGUGAAGGACAAAACUAAGAGCGAUUUCGUUAGAGCAACUUACGCCUAUGUCAAAAGGGACGAUGCUGGCGAGAUAACCUCUGUGGUGGCGGCAGUAUCGGUGACGGGGGACGUUGACACGAAGAAGCCUGCGCGUUUGGUGAUGGCCUCCCCUUAUGUCGAUACGGAGUCAGUAUCGCGAGAGGAGGCCGAGCAGGCUCUGGACACUGUGCUUCAGCAUGUCUUUGCUAAGUAUCGGAGGAGCGUUGGGGUUAUUUUGUACGACUCGAAGGAUACUUUUUAUGAGUUUACUGAGGAGUCCAUACUCCCGCGGCAUCGGUAUUGGACUGAUAGAGAAGCAGUCCCGGUCCAGAUGCCUGUGCCUGCCCAAGAGUGCCUCCUACACUCUCCGUACGUCAUACCAGCAGAGUUCCUCAGUUUUGAGACCUACUUCAAGACCCCUACGGGCUAG